AUGGAUCCUGCUACUGCUGCCCACAUUACCAACCUCCUUGACCGCCUUUCGGUGGGGACUAUCGUUCAAGCUCCUGUUGCUGCGGGCUUCUUCGAGUGCCCCUCUUGCCACACAAUCCACCCUCUCACUGUUGCUCAUACACCCGCUGCUGCUGCUGUCACCGCUGCUGCUGCUGCCGUCCCCGUAGCUGCUGCUGCCGUCCCCGCGGCGGCUGAUGUCGCCCCUGCCGCCCCCGCCGCCGUCCCCAAUGCCCCCGCCGCUGCCGUCCCCGCGGCGGCUGAUGUCGCCCCUGCCGCCCCCGCCGCCGUCCCCAAUGCCCCCGCCGCUGCCGUCCCCGCGGCGGCUGAUGUCGCCCCUGCCGCCCCCGCCGCUGCCGUCCCCGCUGCUGCUGUCCCCAAUGCGGCGGCGGCGGCGGUUCCACAGCCUGCACCUGAACACCCCCCUGCCGGUUCUAAUCCUAACGGCCCAUGGUAUGCUGUUGUAACUGGCCGCCAAGUUGGCCUCUUUCAGGAUUGGCGUAGAGUCGUGGCCCCCCUUGUCCUAGGAGUUCCCCAUUGGGACAGCCAACGUUUUUCUACCUACGCGCAGGCCCGCAGGCACUACAAUGACAUGCUUGCGGCAGGCCUUGUUCACAUUCACCACGAGUAG